ACGAGCUCGAAAAAGCCCAGACGGAAAAGUCUGAAGCAGCGCGAAGAGUAAGCUGGGUUCCCCGCGGCUGCGAGGGGAGGCCAUGGAUCACAUAGGGAUAAGCUUAUUGGGGUCGCAUCUACAACAGCAUGCCCACCUAGAGCCCAUCAGCUUUGGCAUUGAUCAGAUCCUCAGCAACGUGGAGCAUAAUUGCAUGCUGGGCGUAAAGAUGCACGGGCCAGACUACGGACAUCCGGGGUACAGCGGCAACGUGAGCGGUGGCGGGGACAGCGACGGAUUCGCGUGCGGUAGCACUGGAUACAAUGGAACUGGUAGCUCGACUUAUCACAUGAAUAUGGGUGUCAAUGUGAGCGGGACUAACGCGAAUGCCGCUGGUGUUAUCCGUGUACCCGCACAACGGCCUCUGAACGGAGGGAACUCCAUGCCGCCGGUGAGCGGGACCAUCAACAACCUGACUGCACUCACCUUCCCCUGGAUGGAGAGCAACCGACGCUACACCAAAGACAGGUUCCCCGUGUCCUUCUCACCCCUCACAGUAACACGUCGCGUAGGUCAUCCCUAUCAGACCCGGAACCCUCCUAAGAAGAAGAAGCCACGGACAUCUUUUUCACGCCUGCAGAUCUGUGAGCUAGAAAAACGGUUCCACAGGCAAAAAUACCUGGCGUCUGCUGAGCGAGCUGCUCUAGCCAAAGUUCUGAAGAUGACUGAUGCUCAGGUCAAAACCUGGUUUCAAAACAGACGGACCAAAUGGAGGCGGCAGACUGCGGAGGAGCGGGAGGCCGAGCGGCAGCAGGCCAACCGGAUUCUUAUGCAACUUCAUCAGGAAGCCUUUCAGAAAACCAUCAACCAGCCGUUGACCCCUGACCCGCUGUGCCUGCAGAACAGCUCUCUGUUCGCACUGCAGAACCUGCAGCCCUGGACCGAGAAUACCGCGAAGAUCAGCAGCGUGUCGGCCUGCGAUUAGAGACAACACACAGACUGCAGCUGGUAACCGCGCCGGCACUGAUGGUCUGCUAGAGGGUAAAUACAAGGGCUGUAGGCUAUACCCCGCAGGACAUGUUUGAUAGACAGGUCAUCCCCCAACCACUCUUCUCGCCUGCUCUCUGCAGUUAACAUCAAGCACUGCUUCCAUCAUGGUCUGGUGUGGAUCCCUCCAAGCACUGAACUGAAUGGUAGAUUCAGCCCUGCACAGAGCAAACUGUAGGACUGACAUUUGUGGAAACAUUGUGGAGGUAUCCUUUGUCAGAGAACUGGCACUUACAGCAUAUUACUCAUUAUCUGCCAUAUUUAAUGACCUUUUACUUAACUGCAAAAUAUCAGGGCACUUGUAGCAGUUUUGACAUAGGCCUAUAUCAAACAUCCAUCACAUUAGAAUACAAACAUAAUGGCUAAGCAUACUUUUGACCACAGUGUAGUAUUUCACAUUUCCUUCUUCAAAUUUGUAUACAAAUCUUUCACUGUAUUUUACUAUAUCCACAGGGCAUAUUCUAUCUUAUCUCACCAUUUCCAUGUGUGAUAUGUGUGUGUAUUAUAAUA